AUGUUUACAGCCAACACUGGAGAAGCUGCACAAACAAAUCAAAGAUUAUUUCGUGAUACGUUUCACAGGUUACCAAGUGGCAAAAAGCGUCCAUUAAGUAAAUCCCAGCAAAUGUGCUGGACAUUGUUACUAUGUGAGCAAGACUAUGGUGAUCAUUCUCCUCAGUGGUGUCGCUUAAUACAAACAAUAAUAGCAGAAUAUUUUUCUACUGAUCAACAACAGCAGUUAGGCGAUAACACAAAAUUAUUUUUAUCAACGAUAAUCAUGAAACGCUCAUGGAAUUAUUUGUUAAGCCUAUUAAAAUCAGAUUUUUUUCAAAUAAGAAUUGGUCACAAAUGGUCAGUAUAUAUUCAUCAUCUAUUAGAAGUAAAACAUAAUAAUACAUUAGAACAAAAUGGUUUGUUGCACAUGUGUGAUCGAAUUGAGUUCACACUGCCUUUAUCCGAUAAUCUACAGCAGCAAUUAAUAUUUCCAAAAUUAAAUCAAUAUUUCGAUGAGCUAAGUAAAAUAUUUCAUUUGUGCGCAAAUGAUCAUACACAACGGUGGAUGCCGUUAUUGAAUUGGUUCCAAACGAAAUUAACCUCAGAUCCGUGUUUGUUAGAAUCCAACGAAAUAAAAGCACUGAUGAUAUUGAUUAUCUAUUAUAAUUAUUAUUGCGCUGAUAAGUUGUCGACGUUGAACAUCUUAUUGGAAACACUAGAAAGCCACCAUGCUGCAAUGCUAAAAUUAUCAUUGGAAGAACAACGUUUAUUUCGUGUACUCUUAAAACCCACGCAGUAUAUGAUAGGAUAUGAUGAUACCGAAGAAAAUUAUUUGAACAAGCUAUUUAAACUUGAUUGCAAAGCCGAUGAUGAAUUAUCUAUUAGACAUUCGAUGGUGAAUCUAAUGGCAAUGAUAGUAUUAAGUGGUAAAAACAAUUUUCUAUGGACGUUCGCAUUUCAACCAUUAUCAUUACAAAACACCUUUGGUUUUGGUUCGACAGCUUAUCUAGUUAUUAAAGCAAAUGGUGUCCACUACGAUUGCGGAUGUAUGUACAGCCUAUCUCCUUGA